GUCUUAACAACACUAAUAAGGAUCUUGCGUUGUCUCUCAGGCGGCUCGCAUGCUGCAUGAGCCCCGAACCACCACCCGAACCUGCUCAUCGAGUUGCGUGUCCAACCUUGGAAGGACGGCGUCAACAAGGCCAACAACCCAGUCAUCCACGCGGAGCCGGUCACCAAACGACACUGUUCCUGCGCAUACACAAGACGCCGACCGCACUGUGACGACUUCUACCCACGCAUCUACCAUGCAUGAUGCCGACGAACAAGACCCCGCCUGUAGUAGCGCGCCAUGUGUCUCGACGACUCCCGAGAGGAUCACCCUUGCAGCGUCAGAACAAGAGGGUCCGCCGGACGGGACUGCAGAAGUCGUGCCUUGCGCACUUGAAAGUCUGCCCGUUGAGAUUCAGACUCGCAUCCUGGCCGGGUCGUCUCUGGACUCGCUCCAUGCCAUCAUCAGAAGCUCACCACGGUUUUACUACGUCUACUCCGAGAACCGCCUUCCCAUACUCAGGAAGGUCUUGAAUCGUGCUGUUGAUGAUUUUUUUCCGGAAGCUCGCGCUGCCUGUGCGUUGGGUGGUUUUUUUGAGGCUACAGAUAAUAUGGCUGCAGAUGCGGCUGAGGCCUGGAAGCACUUCAGCCGUGGAUGUCUUGGAAAUCCCAUUCCCCCUCCACCUCCCAUCGACGACCUAUCUCUUGAGAUAAUACAGCAGAUGGCCCGCUUCCACCUUCGCGUGGUGGAGCCUUUGACUGAGCAUUACUCUCGCUGGGCCCUCGGCGCACUAUCGUCCUCUCCGCAGGCUGCUCCAUUGACAAGGACCGAGAAGUCCCGUAUCCAACGCGCCUUGUAUCGAUUGCAGGUGCUUUCCAAGCAAAACCUGGAAGCAUGGGACCCACCAGAUGUAUUGGAUUACCUCGACUCAUUUGGCCCCUGGGCAACUGAGCAGAUAAUUUGUGUGCACGAGUUCGCCAAGGAAAGAUUAUCGAGCGCUUUCAUUGAGUGCGCGUGGGAGCUAAAUGGAGACGAGAACCCUAAUAGUAGAUACCGCCACGCUAUGCUCGAUAUCAAGCAGGGGUGCUUACCUCUCUAUCGUAACGAGCGUCUCAAUGUUUGCACCCUCCUCGACCUCCUUACCGCAGGGUUGUCAGUCUUGCAGAAAAUAUUCCAGGCUCAGGGUUUCAACAAGCUUUGUGACGUACUCAUACAGAACGUGCGCCGUCAUGGCGGAGAUACGCGCAUGCUCCCAGGGUUCGAAUCCACGUGGAUCGAUGAAUCUGUCGACGAAGACCAACAAUUCGAAAGAGACCUCAUAGAAGACUGGUUCUGCGAACAUAACGACCUGCAGAACACUCAACAAGAAAUGCUAUUUGAGCAUGACGACUUGUUGUCGCCUCCCCUGGCGUGGGUAGCUUUCUGGAACGGCCGGUAUAGCAACCUGAUUGGCGCUUAUAUCCCCAAAGCGCUGCAACGCUGGGGAUAUGUUAUGUGGGACGCCACGCGGCUGAAGGAGUCAGGAGCGAUGGAGUAUAUCGAGUUGGAGUGGCAAUGCAAAUACGGUGUUCGAGGUUCACUUGAGGAAAAGGAUCCGAGAGACUAUUAUAUCACGGCAUACCAGCAACGAUUGGGAAAUAAUGGUUAG